AUGGGCAACGACUUGGAUCAGCAUGGCUCGAGCUCAAAGGAGGAUCAAGACACUCACGUUCUGCGAAGAGUGGGCAACGACUUGGAUGAGCAUGGCUCGAGCUCGAAGGAGGAUCAAGACACUCACAGCCUGCGAAGAGUGGGCAACGGCUUGGAUGAGCAUGGCUCGAGCUCGAAGGAGGAUCAAGACACUCACAGCCUGCGAGGAGUGGGCAACGACUUGGAUCAGCAAGACUCGUGCUCGAAGGAGGAUCAAGACACUCACAUCCUGCGAAGAGUGGGAAACGACUUGGAUCAGCAUGGCUCGAGCUCGAAGGAGGAUCAAGACACUCACAAACUGCGAAGAGUGGGAAACGACUUGGAUGAGCAUGGCCCGAGCUCGAAGGAGGAUCAAGACACUCACGUUCUGCGAAGAGUGGGCAGCGACUUGGAUGAGCAUGGCCCGAGCUCGAAGGAGGAUCAAGACACUCACACCCUGCGAAGAGUGGGCAACGACUUGGAUCAGCAUGACUCGAGCUCGAAGGAGGAUCAAGACACUCACAUUCUGCGAAGAGUGGGAAACGACUUGGAUCAGCAUGGCUCGAGCUCGAAGGAGGAUCAAGACACUCACAUUCUGCGAAGAGUGGGAAACGACUUGGAUCAGCAUGGCCCGAGCUCGAAGGAGGAUCAAGACACUCACGUUCUGCGAAGAGUGGGCAACGACUUGGAUCAGCAUGACUCGAGCUCGAAGGAGGAUCAACAGACGUACUACCUGUAA